GGUUACCACAGGACACAGGCGGAACAGACCACAACAAGCGCCAUCAACGAGACCGUCCCCGCCGACUUGUGUUGAGCGUAGCGGGCAGCGGGACCUCUUAGCUUCCCUAGCAGACACGCAGCGGCAAUUUUAAAGUGCCGCGGCUUUUUAUGUCUCGGUCGCCGCGUGGACUCGUUGAAGUGACGGGAGCGACCGGGAGCGGUCGGGGUGCAGCCGUGGAUCGAACGACACGCCGCCGCCGCCGCCGGCUACCGGCUGCCGUUACCUGGCUCUCGGGCACGUUUAGAAGCCGAAUGACGCCAAGCUUGACGCUCGACCGGGAUUUCGUGUUAGCUAGCGAUACAAAUUGGAAGCGCUGAAUAGCGACGUUUUGCUUUUAUUUGAUUUUAUGUUUUCGAAUCGGCAGCAGGUACGUUUGGACUCUUUAUAAAGUCAAUACAGACCACGUGUGUCGACAUUUGAAUGUUACGCUAACGGGGUCUUGUUUUUUUGUGCUUUCAUGGACUCGAAGCCCCACCACCACCCCGCGUGUUCAUUUGCCUGGCACUUGUAGCCCCGUGAAUGUAAAAAAAUAAUAAUAAUAAUAAUAACAAAUAACAAUAAAAGAGAAGAGAGAAGAAAACAAGGCAUUAACCGGUGCUGCAAACGGCGCUUCGUGUUAGGGUGAAAGGUCAAAAGGACCGGUCACCUCCCGCUGUCCCUUCGCCCAUCAGUCCUCGAUGAAGAUGUGAACUCCAUCAGCUUCUAUAUUGCGUGUUUGUUUUUCUUACGUUAAAUACCGAGACCAUAAGACAAGGCGCGGGGAUGUACGAAAGCGUGGACGUGGUGGGUUUGAGCCCCAGCCCCCGCAGCCCCACCAGCGGAUCUUUCCUGGGCAUGGACUACUACCACAGACCGCCGGGGUUCGAGCCUGAGAAAGGACUCCUCGCCGGCGUCGGGGGGCUUCAGAGGCCCUUCGGAGGCUCCCUGGUGACCGGCAGGCACUGGAGCGGAUCUUGCCACUCAAUAGAAACUGAAAGCACGAGUUCUGGAGAAGAUUUGCUGGUCACAAGUCCCCCAUCUCCACCACCACCACCGCGCAUCUACAAGCCUUGCUUUGUAUGUCAGGAUAAAUCUUCAGGAUACCACUAUGGAGUCAGUGCAUGUGAGGGCUGCAAGGGGUUCUUUCGGAGGAGCAUCCAGAAAAACAUGGCGUACACUUGUCAUCGAGACAAAGUUUGUGUCAUAAACAAAGUGACACGCAACCGGUGUCAGUCCUGUCGACUGCAGAAAUGCCUUGAUGUUGGAAUGUCCAAGGAGUUGGUCCGAAAUGACCGGACGAAGAAGAAGAAGCAGGUGGAAGUGGAGGUCUACGUCUUGUCGGCAGAAACAGAGCAGAUGAUCGAGCAAGUUCGUCGUGCACACCGAGACACAUUUCCCUCUCUUGGUCAGCUGGGAAAGUACACUACGAGCAACAGCGCCGAGCAUCGUGUGCCCCUUGAUGUCAACCUUUGGGAUAAGUUUAGUGAACUGUCCACCAAAUGCAUUAUAAAGACGGUGGAAUUCGCCAAGCAGCUUCCCGGCUUCACAACGUUAACCAUUGCGGACCAGAUCACCCUUCUCAAAGCUGCCUGCCUCGACAUAUUGAUUUUGAGGAUCUGCACACGCUACACCCCAGACCAGGACACCAUGACCUUCUCAGAUGGUCUGACUCUCAACCGCACACAGAUGCACAACGCCGGGUUUGGGCCGCUCACCGACCUAGUGUUCUCCUUCGCUAACCAGCUGCUCCCACUGGAAAUGGAUGAUGCAGAAACUGGAUUACUUAGUGCCAUCUGCCUACUCUGUGGAGACCGUCAGGAUCUGAAGGAGUCAGACAAAGUGGAUGUUCUUCAGGAGCCAAUGCUGGAAGCUCUGAAGCUCUAUGUCCGGAGGAGGAGGCCUGACAAACCUUGUAUGUUCCCCAAGAUCCUGAUGAAGAUUACUGACCUUAGGAGCAUCAGCGUGAAGGGAGCAGAACGAGUGAUCACACUGAAAAUGGAGAUACCCGGCUCCAUGCCUCCACUCAUCCAGGAAAUGCUGGAGAACUCUGAGGGACUCGAGGGCCAAGGUGCCGGAGGAGGGAAGGGACGAGACAGCGUUGGAAGAGAACCGGAGCAAACAAAGCGGCAAAUUUCUACUACUCCGUCCCCGAUGUCCGUUCCCUCUCCCAGCCGGAGCCCCCGAGCCAGAUCUCCCUCCCCCUGAAUUUCCACUCCUCGUACCUCUGCAUUGCACAGCACCACCGUUCGGCAGUAUGUGGCACUGCUAGAGCACCAUCCAGGCAACAAGAUUGAUGUGGAGUAACUGUACAUUUCAUCAAUGGAGUCUGAAUGUCUGAACCCAUCAACUUCAGUGGUGACGUGUGGAUGUGCACAGUGUUAAUUAAACUGUGCUCGAUUAUGAGCUGCAGAUUGGAUGUGUGACACUUUUUGCCUGCCUAAAUUAUGCUGUUGGAACGACAGUAUUGUCACAUUGUCAAGACAAAUUGCUUUGAUGCAUUUAUAUGAUUAAACUCUCAAACAAAAUCUUUUUGUAAUGAUCACAUAGAUUAUUUGUUGUUUUUUUCUGCUAUUUGGCUGCACUUGUCUGACUUCUCAGUAACAGGACAUUGUCAGAUGUGGACAGAUUUGAUGAAGGAUUACGGGGGUCGUCUAUAUAUAGAUGAUAACCCUCUUAUGCAUUUUUCUCUUGUAAAAAGCCAUGCGUGUUAUGCAAAAUCAGUGUGUACUUUACGUAAAAGAUGCUGUGACAGACUGGCAAAAGAUAUUUUCUUAACUGUACGUGUAUAUAUACAUUAUAUAUUUGAUCUCCCCAAAGCGGCUGACACUGUCAAGUUCUUCCUUCAAUAUAUCCCCAACUCCCUCACCCCCCAACACACACAUCGGGGGGGGGGAGAAUCUUGCGUGAAUCAAUUUUGUAGCCUCAUCAAAAUGAAAAAUGUAUUGCAGCUGAAAGCAAAUAUACUUCUGUGUAUCGAUCUGUAGCAUCUGCGAGCAAAUACAUCAGGGGCUUGUUUCAAAAUGCAGCAAACAACUCAUGUAUUUAAAAACGCUCAACCUGUAGGUGAGCACUUUAAUCGAACCAGACUGUGAUAUCAUGAGUGCAUGUCAAGCAUAUCUGAGUAUGUCUGUACUUGUACCACUGUGUACCACUUUGUAUCAGUUCACACUGCCACUGGCUCACUUUGUAUACAUUGCUACUGCCAGGUCCAAAUCUUUUUCCAAUUCCAGUGUUUUCCUUAUGAAAGUGGACCGAUUAUUUGUGUUUCCAGCGCUGGAGUAGUAUUGCAUGAUUAACCUUUUGGAAACUUUUGUUUUAAACUAUAUCGGAUGUCUAUCAUCCUCUCAUUUUAGCUUCUGCCUCUUUAAGCCCCCAAGCCUGUAUUUGUGUAACAAGAGUUAGCAUUUUUCUUCCUAUAUAUAUAUAUAUAUAUAUAUAUAUAGGUAAUAAUAGGUUCCCUUUAAUGUAUGCUAUAGUUAAACUCAAAGGACAGAGGAUAAACACAUGCGCGAAUCAAUAAAAUACAUGAUUUUCUACUUAAAUCCAAAAAUGUGUGUAUACUGUAUGUGUGCACGCUCUUUGGUGGUCAUUGUUAAAUGCUACAUUCUGCAUUUGUUACAUCAUUUUGAUAUACCAGAGCCAUUUACAAAUAUUACACAUCUCUAAUCAGCCGUCCUACCUGAUUUGUGUUUGCUUUUACUGUUGCUUGCAGCACAAAGUAAAAUGCAGGUCAUUUAAAAUGUCAGUCUGAAGAAGCUUGUACAGUACAUGAAAAAAUGAGGGGCACAAUA